AUGCCAUAUUACCACCAGUACAGUACCAGUACACAGCCAUACCAGCCAGUACCAUACCAGUACCAUACCAGUACCAUGCCAGUACCAUACCAGUACCAUACAGUACCAUACAGCACCAUACCAGUACCAUACAGCCACCAUACCCCAUACCAGUACCACCAGUACCCAUGCCAGUACCAUACAGUACCAUGCAGUACCAUGCCAGUACCAUACCAGUACCAUGCACAUACCAUACCAGUUACAGUACCAAUACCAUACCAGUACCAUACCAGUACCAUGCCAGUACCAUACCAGUACCAUACCAGUACCAUGCCAGUACCAUACCAGUACCAUGCCAGUACCAUACCAGUACCAUACCAGCCACCAUACCCACCAUACCAGUACCGCCAUACCAGUACCACCAUACCACAACCAUACCAUACCAUACCAGCACCAUGCCAGUUCCUCCAAGCCAUGUCACAGGCCGGUACAGUUACAAGUUACAAGUUACCUGGCCUACCUCCUCUCCUCCCCAACCCCCCCCCCCGCUACCGCUCACGUGAUCCUUUUGGUGAAUCAAUCGAGCGGAAACAGGCUCUCGGAUCCUUCUAG